UUAAUGGCUGGUUCUGCAAAAGGUGGGAGGUUUCGUUUUUGCUUUGGGUGUCAGGAGGAUGUGUGUCUCAAGUGUACUUGCUGUGAGUAAGCCACCCACAUCGCCUGGAGUGAUAGCAGGAGAGAGCGAGCAAGGAGGAUCAGAGGAGAGAGGGGGCAGUCUAACUUCAGACAGAGGAGAGAAGGACAAGAAGAGCCUCCCCUUUCACACAUGGGUUUAAGUUUGGCAGGUGCUAAGCAGCACAGACAUGUAGAAGAAGGUGCCUCCCUCCCUCCCUGCCAGUUGCGCUCAGGCCGAGCUGGUAGAAAGACACCCUUUUCCUCUGUGUGAUCCUAACAUUCCAGGAAAGAGAUGAAAGCCUCCCGGUGCCUCACAGUGGCCACUGCUUUGCUGACACUGGUGGCCCUCAAGGCCUACAUUGAGUGGAGUGCAGAGGAGAGUGAGCGGUUCCCAACCCCUCAUGGGGCCGGCUGGCAAAGCAGCUCUGUCACGCCUGACCAGCCCUCGGACGACGAGUUCCCGGCAUUCGUUCUGCAGCAUUUCAAUGCCUCCCUGCAACAGAUGCACCUAAACAUCCCACGGACAAAAGCCUACUGGAAUGAGAAACAGCACCAGAUCUUCCGGGCCCUGGAGGACGGGUUGGUUAAUGCCUCUUGGAAUGAAUGCUUUGGGCCUGAAACUGCAGACAGGGUGGCCAAGAUCAAAGACUUUGCCUUCUACCCAGAACUUUACAGGAACUUCAUUCUCUAUGACGAAUGCCGGAACUUUUCGCUGUUGAUCAACCAGCCGAGCAAGUGUGCUGGCACUAAGAACCACACUUUCCUGCUCUUGGCCAUCAAAUCUCUGCCCGGGAAUUUUGCUGCCCGUCAGGCUGUGCGGGACACAUGGGGGCGCGAGGGUGAGCCCGGCGGAUUACCAGUGCGCACCGUUUUCUUGCUGGGCACAGCCCAGUCUCGUCACGGGCCCCACCUCCAACAACUGGUGGAGUACGAGAGCCGGGUCUUCAAUGACAUCCUGAUGUGGGACUUUGAGGACACUUUCUUCAACUUGACUCUGAAAGACUACCUCUUCCUCAGAUGGACAGUGCAGCAUUGCCAGGAUGUCCGUUUCAUUCUCAAGGGAGACGAUGACGUCUUUAUCAACACACCCAAGGUCUUGGAUUACCUGGGCUCUUUAGAAGCCCACAAAAUGCUCUAUAUGGGCCAAGUGAUGGCAAACGCUUCACCAUUCCGCGUCCGCAAGAGCAAGUAUUAUGUGCCGGAAUCAUACUACGUGGGGCCUUACCCAGCCUACGCGGGUGGCGGUGGGUACAUCUUCUCAGGGCCACUCGCCCGGUGGCUCCACCUCAUCUCUCAACAUGUAGCAUUCUACCCUAUUGAUGAUGUUUACACGGGGCUGUGCUUCCAAGCCCUGGGUAUCCACCCCGAGGCUCACCCUGGCUUCCUGACCUUUGAUAUUGCCGAGAAGGAUCGCAAUGACCCUUGUGUACACAGCAGGCUCCUCCUGGUCCACCGGCGCAGCCCCCACCAGACUCUCCAACUCUGGAAGCAAAUCACGGACCCAAACCUCAAAUGUUGAAGGAUGCCAGGAACAAUUUGGCCUCAGAGUGUGGAGGUGCGAGGCUCUUCUUCUUGGGCGUUGAACGCAAAGGCAGAUGGAGAUGGAAGCGAUACACCUUUGGUGUCAUACUUUGGAGUCUUCGUUGGACACAGGAGCGUGCUGCAUGUGCAGUUAAGGGGGAGCAUUACCUCCUUGAACAUUCCAUGUACAGAGGCAGUGCACUUUGGCAGGCCAGCAGCUGGCAAAUGACAGGGGCAGGUCAUUGCCCUCUUGCUCUGCUUGUCAGCUUUCCUAGAGGCAUGCGGCUGGCCACUGUCAGAAACAGAAUUGUGGGACUUUGGCCCCUUCAGUAGGCCUCUCCUCAGGUUUAUGUUGCCUGCCCGCUCUGAGGUAGCAGGAGGGACGGAGAGGGGAGGCGUUGGCAGGUGCCACCAGCAACGGGCAACCCUACAGAAGGCAGGGAAUAAAGGUGCAUUUUUCUGAUAAAGGUUGUUGGGAAGGACAAUAGCUGAGUGACAAGAGCACAGGUUUGAAUGUGCCAAGUCCCACCUUUAAUCCCUAGCAGAGAGGUGGGGAACUUUUUUCAGCCUGAGGGCCACAUUCUGUUCUGGACAACCUUCUGGAGGCCACAUGCCGGUGGUGGGCAGGGCCAGAAGGAAAAGUGGACAGAGAGCAAUGAAUGUAAAUUUGACCUUUGCACAAUAAGCGAGUUUCUACACGUAACUGCACCGCCCCUCUCUGUCCUCUAUUAGGAUAAGCAGGAAGCAUUAUUGGAGUUUAAGGACAUGUUCCAGCCACCAAAAAAAAAUUGGGAUGCGAGGCAGACCCAGUGAGGGGUGUGACCCAGGGAAGAGUUCCGAAGGCCAGGCAGAGAGGCCGAGAAGGUUGCAUUUGAUCCUCGGACCUGUGGUUCCCCACCCCUGCCCUAAAGCUGUGGUUAAAGCAGAACUCAGGUAACAAGACCUGUGCCCAAGCUCUGGGGGCACUACUGCCGGUCAGAGCACGCCUUAAUGGGCCAGAUUGCUGCAGUUUAAGAUGGCUCCUUCUAUAUACCUAAACCCCAUAUUGGUUACUGGGGUGUGUGUGUAGAGAAUCUACAAUUUGGGCUAAAGCUGAUACUGGCUUUGAAAAUAAUCAAACCUAAUAAUGGACUGCCUUCAAGUCGAUCCCGACUUAUGGCUGCCCUAUGAAUAGGGAUUUCAUGGUAAGCAGUAUUCAGAGGGGGUUUACCAUUGCCUCCCUCUGAGGCUAGUCCUCCCUCACUGGCUAGGGCCUGCUCAGCUUGCCACUGCUCCACAAGCCAGCCCCUUCCUUGUCUGCAACAACCAGCUGGGGGGCAACUGGGCUCCUUGGGACUAUGCAGCUUGCCCACGGCUGCACAGGUGGCAGGGCACGUAACCCCUGAGCCACUCGCUGUGGGGUGAUCUUUAGCUGGCCCUUGACACCCAGGAGACACUAGCAGGGAUUUGAACUCACAGACUCUGGCCUCCCAGCCAAGCUCUAAGAUACUGUUAAAAGCACAGGAUGGACUGCCUUCAAGUCGAUCCCGACUUAUGGUGACCCUAUGAAUAGGGUUUUCAUGGUAAGCAGUAUUCAGAGGUGGUUUUUCCAUUGCCUUCCUCUGAGGCUGAGAGGCAGUGACUGGCCCAAGGUCACCCAGUGGGCUUCAUGGCUGUGUGGGGAUUUGAACCCUGGUCUCCCAGGUCAGAUUCCAACACUAACCACUAUGCCACACUGGCUCUCCAAUCAAACCUAAACAUACCUACAAAAGGAAUAUGAAACCAGGGAGGUUGCAAUGCUACCCGACACCUCAAAUGUAGGAAAUAUUCUUUUUCUAGAUUGUGAAGGGCAGCACCUCUUACCUUCUGAGACCAUUCAGGUUAAAAAAGUAUGGAAGGAUCAACAGUAAAACCCAGAAGAGGCCUGUAGCUCAGUGGUAGAGCAUCUGCUUUGCAUGCAGAAGGUCCCAGGGUCAAUCCCCACCAUCUUCAAGUAGGGCUGGGAAAGAACCCUGUCUGAAAUCUCGGACAGCCACUGCCAGUCAGUGUAGACGAUACUGAGCUAGAUGGAAGAAAGGUCUGAUUCUGUUUCCUAAAAGGACAACUUUGCGGAGCUCCUCAUCCAGUUUGAAGGUAUAUAGCCUUAUCAGGGGUGUUGUAGUCAUGGAUUUCCUGCACUGACAGGGGGUUGGACUAGAUGGUCUUUUGGUAUUUUCAAUCAACACAUUGUCAAAUUUGCUUUCUACAAAACCUUUUUAUCAGAGAGUGGGAUUCUAUAGGUCAUGGGCCAGAACUGGCCAGGCCAAUUUAAGCGUGGAUAUUAAAAAUCCAAAACAUAAAAAUGUGUAUGCCGAUUUCUUUCCUCUGAAAAAACGGAGGGCUUUGGCGCCAACCACCACCCAGAUCCUGAGGCUGCCUUCUUUUUGCCCUGGCCUUGCAGCUCUGUCUUUAAUAGGAUCAUGUUUUGGCUGAUAACACUGAAACGGAGCAGGGAAGUACCAACACUCUGUGGCAGAGCAUCUGCCUGGCAUGCAGAAGGGCCCAGGUUCAAUCCCCGACAUCUUCAGGGAGGGCUGGGGAUGUCCCUCAUCUGAAAUCCUGGAGAAUUGCUGCCAGUCAGUGUAUACCAUACUGAGCUAGGUGGGCCAAUGGUCUGAUUCAGUAUAAGGCAGUUUCCUUUGUUCCCUACGCUAUUAAACAGCCGACUAAGUGGUGUGGAAAACUGCCUGCUUCAAUGUCUGCCUGUCAGGCCAUUUGAAAAGGGCCAAGACAUGUGGCAAUGCCGUUAGUCUGGGUGGACCCUCCUUCCUCACCCCUAAUCACCCUGCUGGAUCUGGCACAUGUCAGGGAGGUCCUGCUGAAAAGUUCUGUAUUACUUGUGUUUUUCACAAGCGUUUCCCCUUCAGUCUGUGGCUUGAUCUUCCAGGGCCAAGGCACUCAACGCUGGGUAAACAAAGGAGUCAAGCGAACUUGUCUGCACUAACAGCCUCAGGGUCACUUCGUGUUUAAAUACACCUUAAGAAAAGCGUACACCUUCAUCCAUGGUAAAAAUAACCAGCUGUUAAUCACUCCCUUCUUGGCUGCACAGGAAUUUGAAGAGGGUUCAGAUAUUUUAAUGUGCUCUAUUUAAAUAGCAGGGAAGCUCAUUUCUCCUACGCUGUUAAUGAUGUACAGGUAUAAUAAAAUACGUCUC